GGGUUUCCUGCGUCAGGAAGAGAUCGAGCGUCUCCUGUUGCUUUGACUCACGCGUCCUUUUUUUUGGGGGGGGGGGAAACGAGAGGGAAAUUCCCCCCCCCCUUCCUCUCCGAGAGACUCCCUCCUAAAGUGACAAAACACUUUGUCUGUUUCCAGGAAGACGGAAGCUUGGUUCCUGGCUUCCUGAGUCAUCCUUGUAGGUAGCUUAUCAUGAACCUGCUGUCUGGCUGCUGAACCCAGCGCCCCCCCUCCCCUGUUGCCAUGACAACAGGUGAUUGCUGCCACCUCCCCGGCUCCCUGUGUGACUGCCCGGGCAGUGCCACAUUGUCCAAGUCAGUGGAAGAUUCGGACCUCGGACGCCCCCAGUACGUUACCCAAGUCACAGCCAAGGAUGGCCGGCUGCUCUCGACGGUCAUCAAAGCCCUGGGCACGCAGAGCGAUGGUCCCAUCUGUCGAAUCUGCCACGAAGGUGGGAACGGGGAGGGCUUGCUUUCGCCCUGCGACUGCACUGGCACCCUGGGCACCGUCCACAAGAGCUGCCUGGAGAAGUGGCUGUCUUCCUCCAACACCAGCUACUGCGAGCUUUGCCACACGGAGUUCGUGGUGGAAAGGCGGCCCCGGCCUCUAACGGAGUGGCUCAGGCACCCCGGACCCCGCAACGAGAAGCGGACGCUGUUCUGUGACAUGGCCUGCUUCCUCUUCAUCACCCCGCUGGCGGCCAUCUCGGGCUGGCUCUGCCUGCGGGGUGCCCAGGACCACAUGCAGUUCAACAGCCACCUGGAGGCCAUCGGCCUCAUCGCCCUGACCAUCGCCCUCUUCACCAUCUACGUCCUCUGGACCCUGGUGUCAUUCCGCUACCACUGCCAGCUCUAUUCCGAGUGGCGAAGGACCAACCAGAAAGUCCAGCUGAUGCUUCCCGACGCCAGGAACCCGUCUCCCGUCCCGCACUCCCUGCUCUCCGCCAAGCUGCUGAAGAAGAAAUCCGACGAGACGACCGUAUGAGCCAGGCUGGCGCUGGUUUUUCUUCCCGCCCCCCCCCCCCAAGCAGCGGAAAGGAGGAGGGAAGGGGGGACUGUCAGAACAUUUCGCCAGCCCAGCUGGAAGGGCGCUUGCUGUCCGUUCAUCGGUCAAGCUCCCCCCCCCCCCCCGAAAGACAACCAAUUCCCGGGUGUGUGCAAUGGGGCAGGGGACGGGGCGUGCCAUGGGCGCCCGCCGGCCCCGCUCCGUCCUCAAGGCCCAGUGGUGGGUAGAGGAGGAUACCUCUCCCUCGAUCCGUGUAACGAUCUUAUCUUAUAGUACCUUAGUUAUUGUUGUAAUUAUAAUUUUAUGACUGUUCUCGGGCUUCGGCUGUUGUGUUCGGGGGGGCCUUCUCCCCUCCCGGGGCAUCACUGUGAAAGGGUGCGGGGUUUCCUUCCCCCAGAGGGGCAGAGGGUCCCCGUCCUUCCCCUCAGCCCUUGUUCAGAGAGACGGACGGGCUUGUAAAAAAGAAGUCACGUGCAAAUCCGGGGAUGGAGGCCCUUUGGAACAAGAGCGAGGCGGGGUCUCCCUGUCACCCCUCCCUCUCUCUCUCUCCCUCCCUCCCCUCCUUUCAUAUUUUUGCACUAUAUAGAUUGGAGUGGGGGCAGUGUUGUCUCCCCUCCCCCCCUUAAUUUCCCAGUGAUGCUCUCCCUAAGUAGAGGACCCUAAGGACGGGUUCGAAUCUAAACAUCCCAGGAGGAGUUUAAGGAAGCAAAAGAUAUAAUAAC